AGUCUACCCAAAAAUUAAGUCCAUAAUUAACCAUCUCGAUCCGGACGUUAAUUUCUAGCCCUUGGGAAACGGCCGGCAACAAUGAAGGUCCACGGAGAAGUAUUUUCAUCCGCAACCCAACGAGUGCUCGCUUGCCUCUACGAGAAAGAAGUCGACUUCGAGUUUGUUCCAGUCGGCAUGAGAACCGGUGCCCACAAGAAGCAACCUUUCCUUUCUCUCAACCCAUUUGGUCUUGUGCCGGCGUUUGAAGAUGGAGAUAUGACGCUCUUUGAGUCGAGGGCUAUUAACCUGUACAUCGCGCACGCCUAUGAAGACAAGGGGACCCAACUGAUCUAUGAUGGAAAGAAGAUGGCAAUCGCGUCGGUGUGGAUGGACGUGGAGGCUCACCAGUUUGAUCCGGCAGCUUCGAAGCUGGGUGGGACGGCAGAUGCAGCGGUGGUGCAGGAGAAGGAGGCCAAAUUGGUUCGAGUUUUGGACAUAUACGAGGUUCGACUCGCUCAGUUCAAGUACUUGGGUGGAGAUGACUUCACCUUGGUGGAUCUGCACCACCUCCCUCGCCUUCAACGGCUGAUGGGUAGCCAAAUGAAGAAAUUGGUUGAUUCACGCCCCCAUGUCAGCGCGUGGUGCGCCGAUAUCCUAGCUAGGCCAGCUUGGCUCAAGGUCCUUGCAAUGCAAGCCAACAACUAAUCUGCCAUUGCUCUUCCACGUGGAUAAGAUAGAACAAGAAAAAAUAUGCUGCCGAAUUAAAAAGGAGUGCAAAAACCAUUUCUCUUAAUUUAGAGCUUUUGUUUUAAAAUGUCUCUUCUUCUAAGUCAUAUUGGAAUUAAUUAGUUUGGUAUUUCAAGGUCUGAUCGCUUCGACCACCUCGA